CGCAGACUCCUCUCUGACACCCCUUAUCCUUUUUUUGACAGCGGGUAUUUCCUCCGGUCUUUUCGACUUCACGUAAAGAUAUUCGGUAACAGAAGAUGAGACACGUUAACAGCGGACAUCUUUCCGUUUGAAACCCUUUGAAACGGGACCGCUGUCUUCUAGAAGAGGCUCGUUUUCACCCACCACAUGUUCCUUCGGCAGCUGAGCUCCUCAUUCCUUCCCCACAGCCGUCCUGCUCUCUGCAGGGCCGGCUUCAGUGGUGCCUCCUCCUCGUACCUCCCUCACUUCCUCCCCGCUCCUCACCCAUGGUGGUCGGCGCAGAGAUUUCCCCCCUGGCCUCCUGGACUCCCCCCCUCUCACCCUGCGGCACACCAGGUUUACUCCAGUAGGACGUUUCACACUCGGAGCAUUUACUCAGGGGACUUUGGAGGAAGCAGGCGAUCGUUCCACGCGUCGGCCGGCCUCAUGAUGGAGCGGCACGACCGAGACAGAGGGCCUCCUCAGAAACGGAGGAAGAGCGUGGAGGAGAAGAGGAGCCUUGAAGAAAGAGGAGGGGCCGCUGGAGGCUCAAAGAGGGAGCACCAUCAGCCGGAUUCAAGCACAGACGGUCGCCCUCGUCCGAACCACAACCUCAGAGAUGGAAGUCGAGACAGAGGGAGGAACGGGGCGGUCAGUCAAGAAAACUGCAGAGACAGAGAAGAAGAAAGGACUCAAAGUAAAGAGAGACAGAAAAGAGGUGAAACCUCAUCUCAUUGGAGGAGCCCACAUCAGCAUGGAGGACACAGAGACUACAAGUCCAAACCUGAACAGGAGAAAGUUCCCACGCACAGACAACCAAACCCCUGGUUCAAAGAGAGGAGUGAAGAGGGAGGACGUGAGAGGACGAGUGAAGGACGAGUGAAGGACGGAUGGCGGGGAGAGGGAGCAAACAGAGAGCCUCCUCCACCUGGAUCCUGCCCGCCUGUCCCCCAACAGGAAGACGUUACAUCAAGGAAGCCUCUUGAGAGACGCUGGGAGCCCUCGCCCUCGGCCUGCACUUCCUACCCCUUGCCACCAGGGUGCAGCACGGCGUUUGACUUCUCGGUGAUGUCCUAUAACAUCCUGUCUCAGGAGCUGCUGCAGGAUAACGCCUACCUGUACCGACACUGUCACCCCGGCGUGCUGCCGUGGAAACACAGACUGCCCAACCUGCUGGCUGAGAUCCAGCAGUACGACGCUGAUAUUCUUUGUCUUCAGGAGGUCCAGGAAGACCACUAUGAGAACCAGAUCAAACCUGCUCUACAAGCACUGGGGUAUCAGUGUGAGUACAAGAAGCGAACAGGAAGUAAACCAGACGGCUGCGCUGUCAUCUUCAAAUCCUCCCGCCUCUCCCUCCUCUCCUCCAAUCCCGUCGAGUACUUGCGACCCGGCGACGCCCUCCUGGACCGGGACAACGUUGGAUUGGUUCUGCUGCUGCGGCCCAACGACGCCACCGCGGCUCAGCCGGAUCCCUCCGCCUUCAUCUGCGUCGCCAACACUCACCUGCUCUACAACCCUCGCCGCGGGGACAUCAAACUGGCUCAGCUGGCCAUCCUGCUGGCCGAGAUCAGACGCUUGUCCCGCCGCUCGGACGGGUCGACCAGUCCGGUGGUGCUGUGCGGGGACUUUAACUCCACCCCCUGGAGUCCGCUGUACAGCUUCCUGACCACCGGCUGCCUGGACUACAGAGGGAUGCAGAUCGGCAUGGUGUCCGGUCAGGAGAGCAACCCCAGAGGUCAGAGACUCCUCCCCUCACCCAUCUGGUCUAACUGUUUGGGGAUCGACCAUCAGUGUCAGUACAACAAACCCUCUGCGGACUCCAGCAGCCCGACAGCAGUAGAAGAAACGAUCUCGACUCUGACUGUAGAAGACCUCGCCAACACAGCUGCUGCUGCUGCUGCUGCUGCUUACAACAGAGCGAGGAUCGAGCACGGCCUGAAGCUGCAGUCGUCCUACCAGCACCGCCUGAUGCCUGAUGGGAGACCUGAGAUCACCACCUGUCACUCCCGCACCGCCAUGACCGUGGACUACAUUCUGUUCACACCAGAAUUCAUCACUCCUCCGUCACUUCCUGGUGGGUGGGGCCUCCAGCUCCUCGGCAGGCUGUCAUUGGUCGGCCAGUCAGAGCUGGAGGAAGUCGACGGCCUCCCGAAUCGGCAUCACUCGUCCGAUCACCUCCCGCUUCUCACCCGCUUCCGCUUACGGCGAUGACCCCCGGGGGGAGUGAAGUUCUCGUGUGGUGAUACCUCGAGGGUCAGAGACGCCAAUAAAAACACAACAAGGGCGUUUAAAGAAGACGAACAUGACUCUAAGAAAGACGGCUGGAAAACAGAAGAACGUUUACAGAGCUUUGGGUUGUGGGUUUGUUUCCUGCAGGUCACUUUGAGUAGAAACAAACCUGAUCCACUCAAACACUCUGAUAUCCCCUAAACUCAAUAUCGAAUGUGUUGAAUCCACAGGAAGGCCCACAGUGUCGCUCAGGUACUGACAUAUGGAGACAUAAAGAGUUAACGCUCUACUGCAGCUCGUCCCAUUUUGUUAAUUUCUGAAAGUUUUCAUACAAACAUUUGACAGCUUUUCAAAUAUUUGUAAUUACUUUGACGUUCCUCCGUUCAGUUUCUGCAUCAUCUUCUGGAGAGGUGGAUCUCAUUUCAAUCACAAAGUUAACCGUUUGACAUGAAGUUGAAGAUGAAUCUAAAAGUGCACGAGGAUAUUUCAGUUCUUUAUCUGAUUGUGACAAACGAUUGAUCAGUUUCAGGGUAUGAAAAAAAAAACACAAGGAUUGUUUUACGCCUCGUGUCCACCUGGAGUUUUUUUCCGGUCAGAAAAGCGUUCGGGAGUGUUUGCAUGAAGCGCUGAGACGAAAAGCGCUGCGCGUCCGUCCUGUCUCCAUGACAACAGUCUGUUGACAAACGGUCGCUGUAUGGCCGACACUGCUCCGUUCCUUUUUAGAAAAUAGAUAUAUUUGAGAUUUGAGUUUUUUCAGCCGAUUAGACUCGGAGUAAAGAGGAUUUGAGUACAAGACACGAUCUGUAGGCGGCAAAACUACGGGGAAUAUCAAACAUUUGGAAAAGAGCGCCGGUGACGUCGACAGCGCCUUUCUGAAAAGUUGAACGAUUUUUAACUUGAGCGCUCGGAGCGGCCGCACAAGACAGGGAUGAACACUUCUCCAGGUGGCCACUUUCUGCUCUACUCAUUGAAAACAAAUGAAAAAAAGAACGCUAGGUGGGCCUUACUCUGUUCAUGCAUUUUAUCAAAGGAGCUGCAAACGUUUAACAGAUUUUAGAAACAGACUGCACGUAACAACAUUUAUCCUUUUAAAGCGCGGUCCUCAGCUGGUCUGGCCUCAGGACGCACCACCAACUACUUCACAACAAGCAGAGACUUUACUCUUUUUAGACGUAUUUCAACCAAUCAGAUUUAUUUAGUGAAAAAAGAAAGCAGUUUGGACCAAGAAACAUGAGACAGAACAAAGAGACGUGUUAAAAAGAAAUCGUCUGUUUUCUGUUUUAAAGCUCCUGUGAGCAGUUUUUAUCUGGUACUGAAACAGACUGAAAUGAUUUUGAAGUCUGGAUAUGAGAUACAAAAGCAGAUGAGACCAUCAGCAUGAAGACUGACUGUUUCUAUGAAGUUAUUUUUAAUUGUCUGAAACCCUACGCUGCAGGGUAGGUGUCCAAAUGAUUUACUGCAUGCUGCAGA